CUUAGCCCCAGCAGCAGCCCCCGCAGUCGCUGGAACAGCCGCGCCCGCCGCAGGGAGGGAGGAGCAUCUGGGGAGGCUCCAAGUUGGCGGAGCGACUGGGACCCCCGGACUCUUCAGCGGCCGCCCCGGGAGGGGCUGGAGGCGAGCAGGGGAGGGGGCGCCGCCCAGCCCCGAGCCCCGAGCCGCGACCCCCCUGUCCGCGGCCGCACCAUGCGCGCCGAGCCGGCGUGACCGGCUCCGCCCGCAACCUCCCCGCAGCCUAGCCCGGCGCUCUUGCUGGCCACACGGAGCGGCGCCCGGGCGCUAUGAGCCAUGAAGCCACCCGGCAACAGCUCCCGGCGGCCGCCCCUCGCGGGCUGCAGCCUGCCCCUAGCCUCCAGCGGCCCCCGCGGCGGCCCCGCCGGCCCGGCGCCCAUCCGCGCCCUGGCCCGCGUGCCGCCCUGCCGCCUGCUCCUCGUUCUUCUCCUGCUGCCUCCACUCGCCGCCUCAUUCCGGCCCCGCGCCUGGGGGGCUGCUGCACCCAGCGCUCCGCAUUGGAAUGAAACUGCAGAAAAAAUUUUGGGAGUCCUGGCAGAUGAAGACAACACAUUGCAACAGAAUAGCAGCAGUAAUAUCAGUUACAGCAAUGCAAUGCAGAAAGAAAUCACCCUGCCUUCAAGACUCAUAUAUUACAUCAACCAAGACUCGGAAAGCCCUUACCAUGUUCUUGACACAAAGGCGAGACACCAGCAAAAACAUAACAAGGCUGUCCAUCUGGCCCAGGCAAGCUUCCAGAUUGAAGCCUUUGGCUCCAAAUUCAUUCUUGACCUCACACUGAACAAUGGUUUGCUGUCUUCUGAUUAUGUGGAGAUUCACUACGAAAAUGGGAAACCGCAGUACUCUAAGGGUGGAGAGCACUGUUACUACCAUGGAAGCAUCAGAGGUAUCGAGAACUCCAGGGUGGCUCUGUCGACCUGCAAUGGACUUCAUGGUAUGUUUGAAGAUGACACCUUUGUGUAUAUGAUAGAACCGUUGGAGCUGAUUCAUGAUGAGAAAAGCACAGGUCGACCACAUAUCAUCCAGAAGACCUUGGUGGGACAAUAUUCUAAGCAGUUGAAGAAUCUCAGUAUGGAAAGCAGUGACCAGUUGCCCUUUUUACCUGAAUUACGGUGGUUGAAAAGGAGACGGAAGAGAGCAGUGAAUCCAUCUCGCGGUGUGUUUGAAGAAAUGAAAUAUUUGGAACUUAUGAUUGUUAAUGAUCACAAAACGUUUAAGAAGUGCCGCUCUUCUCAUGCACAUACGAACAACUUUGCAAAGUCCGUCGUCAACCUUGUGGAUUCUAUUUACAAGGAGCAGCUUAAUACCAGGGUUGUCCUGGUGGCUGUAGAGACCUGGACUGAGAAGGAUCAUAUUGACAUCACCACCAACCCCGUGCAGAUGCUCCAUGAAUUCUCCAAAUACCGGCAGCGUAUCAAGCAGCACGCGGAUGCUGUGCAUCUCAUCUCGCGUGUGACAUUCUACUAUAAGAGAAGCAGCCUGAGUUACUUUGGAGGUGUCUGUUCUCGCACAAGGGGAGUUGGUGUGAAUGAGUAUGGUCUUCCAAUGGCAGUGGCACAAGUAUUAUCGCAGAGCCUGGCUCAAAACCUGGGAAUCCAAUGGGAACCUUCUAGCAGAAAGCCAAAAUGUGACUGCACAGAAUCCUGGGGUGGCUGCGUCAUGGAGGAAACAGGGGUAUCCCAUUCCAGAAAGUUCUCAAAGUGCAGCAUUUUGGAGUAUAAAGACUUUUUACAGAGAGGGGGUGGAGCCUGUCUUUUCAACAGGCCGACAAAGCUGUUUGAGCCCACAGAAUGUGGAAAUGGAUAUGUAGAAGCUGGGGAGGAAUGCGAUUGUGGAAUCCAUGUGGAAUGCUAUGGACUGUGCUGUAAGAAGUGCUCGCUCUCCAACGGGGCCCACUGCAGUGACGGGCCCUGCUGUAACAAUACCUCCUGCCUCUUUCAACCACGAGGGUAUGAAUGUCGGGAUGCUGUGAAUGGGUGUGAUAUCACCGAAUAUUGCACAGGAGACUCCGGCCAGUGCCCACCAAAUCUUCAUAAACAAGAUGGAUAUGCAUGCAAUCAAAAUCAGGGCCGCUGCUACAACGGGGAGUGCAAGACCCGGGACAACCAGUGUCAGUACAUCUGGGGGACAAAGGCUUCAGGAUCUGACAAAUUCUGUUAUGAAAAGCUGAAUACAGAAGGCACCGAGAAAGGCAACUGCGGGAGGGACGGGGACCGAUGGAUCCAGUGCAGCAAACAUGAUGUGUUCUGUGGAUUUUUACUCUGUACCAAUCUUACUCGAGCUCCACGUAUUGGUCAACUUCAGGGUGAAAUCAUCCCAACUUCUUUCUACCACCAAGGCCGGGUGAUUGACUGCAGUGGUGCUCAUGUGGUUUUAGACGAUGAUACAGAUGUGGGCUAUGUGGAAGAUGGAACACCAUGUGGCCCGUCUAUGAUGUGUUUAGAUCGGAAGUGCCUACAGAUUCAGGCCCUAAAUAUGAGCAGCUGCCCACUCGAUUCCAAGGGUAAAGUCUGUUCAGGCCAUGGGGUGUGUAGUAACGAAGCCACGUGCAUCUGUGAUUUCACCUGGGCGGGCACAGACUGCAGUAUCCGAGAUCCAGUUAGGAACCUUCACCCUCCGAAGGAUGAAGGACCCAAGGAAAUGUCAAGAAGAGGAGGUUCGACCCUACUCAGCAAGGCCCCAUCUGAAUCAGCGGCACCGGAGGAACAGCGUCUUGCACUGCUGGAUUCUGGGUAUGACAUCCUUGCUGCAUCGUUGCCGGAACUCUUAAGUCUGUCAACAAAAACAUUGGGUGGUAAUAACUACAGAACUGAAGUUGGGGUGACAGGGAUGGGGUGAAAGAAAACUGUCCUUUCUGGAAAUAAUUUCAAAGAACCUUUCCCACCACCUGUCAAUAAAAGGGGGGGGGAGACACUUAUAAAAAGAACUAUUUCAGAAUCUUUUUUUUUUCUAACUAAAGGAAGAAGGAACAACACACACACAAUUAAGUGCAAUAAAAGAACCAUUAAAAGAUAGCAAAUGAUUUUUUUUCUUUCCUCAGCCUGUUGGCACUUAAUAUCUUCAGAAUGAUUUGGCAUGAUUUUUUUUUUCUUUUCCUACCAAUGACACACUCCAGUGGCAUGAAGAUCUAAUUUUCGAAAGGGUAAAAUCUGCAUGGCACAUAUACAACAAGCAGCUAGCAAGCCAAUCCACAGCCAAACCUGCCGCUGAAUCCCUACGGUGAAGAUGACAGAUGAACCCACGGAAGCUGCCUGGCCCCCCGCCCCCUAGUCUAGACCAGGCCACGAGGAACUCCACGCGCCUCUGCUCUUGUUGAUUCACUUUCCCGUUGUCUUUUCUCCUGGACCAAGCAUCCUCUGGAAAUGGGAGCUGGAAUUUGAACAAUGAUGCUAUUGUAUAGUUCUUUUAUAAAUGUAAAUAUGGAAAUAAGAGAUUUUGACACAUCAUUUUCACUUGUCCGUACUGAAAUAUUUCUCUUGUAAAGGUUCUCUGUAAAUUUUUAGUUUAGUGUUUGCUCCCCAUCUUUUUGGUUUCUUUCCUCUAUUUCUUUCUGUCUCUGUCUCUGUCCUCUCUUGUUAACAUUUUGUAUAGUGAUCCUUGGGUUUGCUUAAAGAAAAGACAGAUGUAGCCACAGAUGCUGGGAGUUUGGGCACAAAACUGAUGCAGUGAAAAAAUGAAAUGCUUGAAUGAAAUGAAACGCUGGAAACCAAAAAUAAAUGAAAAGGUGGGGGACACAAAGAACAAAAUACCCAUAUGAAAAACAAAAAAAAAAUGUAAAUGCAAAUAUAUGUACCCACAAGUCUCUAAAUUUUUUUUGAUGUCAUUAUAAACGUAUGUAUAUAAUGUAAGAAAGUAGACACCCUCUCAAAUUAUCACAAAAGUGCCAAGCUCAUGAUUUUAGUUUUUGGUUUUGACAGUUUUCUUCCCCUGCCUUGAAUGUGAAAGGAGGAUAAACUUAAAGCCUUAAAUCAAAAAAUAAUUUUUAAAUGUUGAAAACUUGGGGAAAAGAUAAGCUUUCUGUUUUAUUCAUAUCUAUUAUUGUCAAUAUUUCAUUCAUGCCUUCCACUUCCUGCCUCAAUAUAUAUAUGGUAGAUCCCCACGGUAAAAGCUGGUAAUGGGGACAAAACAGUCAUUACCUUCUUGUGAGCAUUGUUCAAAUAGGCUGUAAUACUGUGUGUUGUGUUUCCAACAAACCAAAGUGUGUGGCUGGUCUGUGGAAUGUUGCAUUGGAUUACAAUGGGAUUCUACCGUGUACAAAUUCACCUCCUUCUUUCCCCUCCAGGCAGAUUUGCAGGUGUAAUCUGGGUUCCCAGGUCUCUCUGAAUUUACUUCCCUUUCACUGACUUCCUGCAUUUAUGGUCAAGAUAGCUUCCAUUCAAGGGUCAAGCAUAUCUGCGUUAAUAAAGAAAUCUGGUCCCGGGUUUGUUUUGAAUGAAAAAAACUUGAACAUGAUCCCUUCAGUGAGCAUCCAUCCAGAGACGAGUUUUACUGAAAGCCCCCAAGCCCACGUUCUCUAACGUCCUGUCUUUAGAAGCAGGACGUCCAAUCGUACCACUCACUUCUUCAUGGCAACCCAAUUAGCUGCCAGAUUGCGCAUUAAGUUCUUUUUCAGUGAGAGUCAUUAACAUCAGUCUCAUCACUUUUGCUUUGACUUUGCAAAGGAUUAUGUCCUAAAAAUGUACUGUUUAAACAGUGAGGUUUUUUCUCCUAAUUUAUAAUUGUGGAAGUAUCGCAGUCAUAGAGCAGAAACCUUAAUUUCUUUAUGCUACAAUAGAACCUGUAACAUCUUAAUCCUGUUGUUGCUUUCUGAGUCCUAGGUGCUACGCAGGUGUGCAGUUUUUUUCUAGAACUAGCUGUAUGUUUAUAUUGUAAUAAGAGGGCUAUCUACAAGGUUUAUCAGCCUCACUUGGCUUCAUAAAACACAGGUUUUAUGUGUUACAUAAAACACAUCUACCUAGCGGCAAUGGCUCUUAGAGGAAGCUUGGUGGAAACUCAGAUUACUCCACACCUCUUCCUGCCCCUACAUCAUCUUUGCCUCUCUGUUGCCGGGUCCUGUUCACUCGUGGGCACGUAGCUGCGGCUGAGUCCGCCAUAUACAUUUCACUGCUGUUCCAGAGGCACCUCGGUGACUUAAUAGAUACAAAACCAUGGCAGUACAAACAAGUUAAAUCUCUAUUGUUAAUUUUUGAGCAUUUCACAGACAACAUUGUAAAUGUGCGAUGUUAUGUUUUAAAUCAGACCACAGUGGUCCCCAAAUAUUAUGUACAUAUGACAAAUGUCCAUGUAACUUUUUGUUACACUGGCAAUUUCAUAGGUAACCAAACCUAUGCUCCAAUGUUAAAUUAUUGUGUGUAUAUGUAAAAUGCACAAGCUUUAAGCUAUGUGUGUAUGAAUGUGAAAGAUAAUGCAACCACACCGUUGUGAACAAUGGAUUAUAGUCAUUUUCGGUGGUAUUAGGUUAUGUAGUUUCAAACUCUGCUGUGUUUUCUCUUGCCUGUGCCGUUCCUUUGCUGAUUUUUGUGGUGUGGAUACACCUCUUUUAUUCAUUUGAGCUCAAAGCAAGCGUAUCAACCGUUUAAUGUUACCCGACAAGAGUUAGUGUUAAGUGAUGACAGGUUCCCAUUUCACCUGCUAUAGCCUUUUGCUGCAUUUAUUAACGACACCUGGAUGAGGAGACGUGCGCUGACUUCAUUGCUCACCCUGGGAUGCUGCAUGAGCCCACCGAAUUAGAGCUACUCCUACUAGAUAAAUGAGCAGUACACAUAGGUGCAUGAUCUGAAACAUGAAUCACAGAGAGCUGUGGAGUUUUACCAAGUGGUAUGUGUGUGUUUUUUGUCUUUGUUUUUCUUUUCUUUUUUUUUUUUCCACUAUGCAAAGAUGGGAAAUGCACAAACUUUUCAAAGACUAGUGUCUGAAGAAGUUUCCAAACAGUACUUGAACCCUUUCUUUAAAGUCAUCUCAUCAUAUUUGAUAACCAUUGUUGCUUCCAUUGUUAAUUUUCAUUUUUACAUGGUUUCCAGUUUUUUGAGUGCACAACCUGAAGUUUUGUGUGAAGUUAAUAAAUUCAUUCAUAUCUUGUUGGCUGUCUAUGGAUGGAGAUUCCGUAGUCAUUGUAUGCAUCUUUAGUCAAGUGUAUAUUAAAACUUCUGUUAACAUUGAA